UGGCCCCUUCCGACUCUACAAUUCUAUGAUUCUAUGAAAAAAUGGUCAGCACUUCUGUGAGUGAAACGUCUUAAUGGGUGAGAUUGCGUGAUCUGGUCAGAAACCCGUGUAAACUGGUCACAAGCUGUCUAAUUAGCAUAAUCACCCUUUCUGCGUUUGGGUUGAGUAUGUUGGAUCCCAGCAUCCCAGGACUCGCCUUGAGUUUCAGGAUGGUUUGUAAGCCAUCCCAGCCACCCAGCUUUACCACGUGGCUUAUUUCCCUCUGUGAUUGUGUGAACAUCAUCCAUAUGCCCGUCUCGGUGUCAUUGCACAGAAGGUGAAGGAAGUUGUAUUUGAGAGCGAGUUCAAACAGAUAUUCCUAGGAAGUAAAUUAGGAAUAGCAGAGGUGUUGUACCACACACCUCAUCUAUUAUAUCCCAUUUCCCAUCUCAAAAACCCUGGAGUGGUUCAUGACGUAUAACCAAAAAAUGCAUUUCAAAAAGCAGAGAAGGCUCUUUGCCAUCUUGCUGCUGGAUGUGACUCCUCACAAUGCAACCCAGACAGAAAGUUCUCCCCUGAACAUUUAGUGGUCUUCCAGGUCUAUACAGGGCAAGGCUGUUGAUAUAAUGCUAUCUAAAGCUGGUGAGCCAUCAAGUAAGAGUAAUAGGGUCACACUCCCUUUCUCUCCCUCUCCUGAUAAAUUGAUAAAGGUAAUCCAGCUAAGCGGUCAAGGUUGAUUCUGUCCCUUAUUCCUGUCCCUCCAGGAAUGUCUGUCUGCAACUGGUUUUGCACCACCUUCUCGAGCACCUUGCUCAAAAAGGGGGUAUUAGCUAGCGCCCAGGGGAUAGUUACUAUAGUUAUUAUUUCUGGAACUGGUGAAGGCUUUUCCAGAAGUGAUCAGACUACUCCCGCUUUAAGGGCAAGAGGGAUCCUUCACUCAAGAUAUGAUCGUCGCUUCCUGGAGCCAUCACGUUACUCUGUGUCUGCUGCUUCAAAUCAGCCAUGAUGGGCAGAGGAGGAUACGUGGUUGCUUGAACUGAUGCAGUCAUCUCGUCUGCAUCCUCAGGCUGCAGCAACUGGAACAGUUUCUAGAAAACUGGGCAAGAAUUUAAAUGAAUAUGUAGCUGCCUUAAUUGCGUUAAAGCAAAAGAUAAUUGAUACCGACCACCUGUUGACCGAAUACCAACAAAAGUGCAACGAGCUUCAGUUUGCUAAAAGGGAAAAUAAUACUCUCCAUCAGCAAGUGGAACAAAUGUUCCAGAAACUAUCACCUCUCAAAAAGUGUGAAGAAGAGCUGGGAACUGUGAAAGCAGAGUUGGAGGAGAAAAAGAGUUCACUGAAGAUAUACCAGGAGACACAUCUGGAAUACAUUCGUGUGAAAGACGAAAUGGACAAAAGUGAUAUUGUGAAGAAAAAGCUGGAAACUAAAGUGAAGAAGCUUGAAGAGGCUGCAGCAAAACACAUCCAGGAGUUCAAGCAGUUGAAAGCAGAGAAGAAAGUUCUUGAGAAGGAGCUGAAGAAAGCACAGGAAAAAAUUGAAGGCUUUCCUAAUACAAAGCAAAAGAAAGUGCUGAAGAAUGCAGAGACCCAGAGUGAGAGAGAGAAUCCUGUAGCAAACCUAGACAAAGAAAAAAUUAAGCUGCUGCUGGAUGAGCUGUGGACGUGUAUUGAUGGCUCCACGGGGAAACAUCAGAGGAACAAAAAUGACUACAUCUUAGAAGCAGUGCAGAAUCCUCAAAAGUUCAAGAAACGUCGAAGAGAGAAGCCACCCAGCAGCUCUUCACCCGAAACCUGCGCAGCACAAACCUCGUUGGCGUCAUUGCAGAUAACUUUGGACAGCAGGACUGCCAGCUAUGAUGGUCCAGUAGGAGGCCAAGCCAUGGACAUGACCGACGUGUUCGACAGUGACAGCGAAGGUGGAUCUGUAGAAGUUAUCGCGCAGACGGAUGUGGCAGCGUGUGACAUGGCCCUGUUCAGCAAGGAACAGGAAGAGCUUGGUGAAAACCUGCGAGAUGUUUUGAAGUGGGGUCGGCCUCUUCCUCCGCUGCUGUCUCCCAUACAGUUUUCCCCAGCCGCGACUCCAGAUAUGUUAUUUGGAGACUUAACAGAUUCCAGCGAUGAUGAAACAGACCGGAAUGCACAAAUGCUUGAAAAUAUUAUAGAAGAAUGUGGUCGUGAUGGACCAGCAGUUGAAACUCUUCAUGAAACACAUUCAGCAGAAUCUUUGAACAAAUGCAGGCUCUUUAGCGUUGAUGGCACAAAUAGUGAUUCUCAGGAGUCACCUGAAAAACUAGGACAAUUAAGCAAUGGAGAGUCAGUUCUACGUCCUGACUCUGGGACACCCAAAUCAAGAUGCCAUGAUGAAGGAGAUGCCACAUCAGAGGUUGAAGAGAGACAUCUAGAAGAAAAUUCAGACUGCAUGGAAGCACCCCCAACUGCUGAAAUAGCAUGCGGUGCAGAGCAUUUUGUUAUGACAGAAGCAAAAGAUGGACUCUUGACGCCUCAUUUAAUGAGCAUUGCUGUACAGGAUCAAGAAAAACCAACAGAGCCAGUGCAUAUGCAGAAAAUUGUUUCAAACGAUGUUCUGCAAGUGCUGGAGGAAGCUAAUGACGGCUUGAAAGAAGAGGAUCAAGAAGAGCUAACUGGAACAACAGAAGAUUGGCUUCAGACUCCCAAUGGCAGCAGUAGGCAACAUUCAGAAGAGUUUGUAUUAGCCACUGAAAAUGUGCUGGUAGCCCCUGAAAAAUGUUUUGAUGGAUCGAGUGAUGUGAUAGAAAGAGGAGGAGUGGUGAAAGAUGCCACUGCAGACAUCCAGACACCACCUGAUCUAGGAAGACCAAGACCUCUUGAUGAAGAGCAUGGGGACCAUGCAUCAAGUGAAGGACUUUGCACAGGCAGAAACAAUAAACCAUCGGUGGAAGAAAAAAUGAAUGUCGACAACGAUAAAUUCUUUUCUCAGACAGAACAUCCAAAUGAGCAAGUCCUGCAGCAGGGUUCUGAAGUCACGUUUGCGCAACCCAUUGAAAUGGUUAUUCCGGCUCCAGAUGCCUCUGUCGAAAGACCACGUGUAGAAGAAAAGGACCGCAGCGAAGAGAAGUGCAGCAAACAACAGGAAGCUGAGAUGAAUGCUGAGAAUGAGCCACUGAAUGUAGAUCCACAUUUGCAUAUUACAGUGGCAACUAAUGAAGGCAAGAAAUCAUUGUGUCAUGUAGAAGAGAUAAUUGAGGGCAAGAAUGAAUGCAGCACUGCCCCUGUUAGAUAUGUGAAAAAUGGAGAUGACGACCAACCAAAAAUGGAUUGCAGCAUGAUGGAUGAGCCCACCUCAGGGGACAUUAGUAAGAAAGACUGCCUACAAAUAGAGCAAUUCAUUGACCAGAAGGAUUCUAUUCAGUUGCUGCAAGAGGAACCCGUAUUACCGGCUCAGGUCUCUGUGAUAAAAGAGUGUUUGUUGCUCUCUGAGAGACCUGUUGAAACAAACAAUGCAAUCCCUGGAUCCACGGAUGACACCGGACAUGCUUCAGACCCAGGGCAUGUUGCAGCGGUGGGUGCUGAAUCUGAAUGCAAGUCCCAACUCCAUAGCAUGUCAGGCAGCUUUCCAUUCGCUGAGGCUUCUAAAGAUGAUCAGAGUCUGAGAGCAGAAGGGCUUGAAGAAGACAGUAAACAACUGAAAAUUGCAGAAACUAGGUCUGUGCAACUUCUUAUCACAGGAAAAAGUGAAAAGGCACCCCCUUCUGGAACUGUUUGUAACAGAAACGCCGAGUCUAGUUUGAUCACUGGAAAUACGCAGUGUGGAAUAAAUGGCACAGCUCAAGAAAUGGCAGAGUGGAAUGACAAGAGCAGGUCCUCUGAUCUCGGAGAGUCUGUUGCCGAAGAAGCAAAUUAUGAGUGCUCCGUAGCAAAUGAAAUGGCAUCAGAACUGAACAUGAGUGAAGGUCUGGCUCAGAGCAUGAGCACACACAACACAGAACCAAGGAGCAUUGGGUCCAAACCCUCCAUAGCGUCUGUGGAUGUCCCCGCUUCCAAACCGGGAGUUGAUUUUGAAGUUUGCAGCAGUGAUAGCCACUGCUCUGACACUGCUGCAAAAGGUCUGUUUUCUGCCCCAGUAUGUAUUGCCCCUUCAUCUCCAAAGAGAAGCAGCGCUGAGCAAGGCAGCCUUCAGUCCCUGGAUUGUCGCAGUCCUGACAGCAAAAAUGAAGUGGAAAUCGAACAAGCCGGAGAACCAGCCGUUUUUAGCAAAACCGAAGUACCAGUUCAGGUUGAAGGCUCUUGUAGUGGCGAUAGCUCUGAAGCACUAACUCUUGAGACGUUUACUCGAUACAGUGUUAACACAGUAGACUUUUGCACAGCAGACAAAUGCAUACUUGAUGAUAAGGAGCCUCCUAUUCCCCCCGAUCAUCAGUUAAGCAGUCCUUCAGAAAGCUGUGCUGCUGAAGCUAUAAUUAAAGGAACAGAUGAAAUAACGAGCAGCGGUUCAAGAUCUGAAGGAGGAGAUGAAAUGAAGAUACCAGAAAGCGCAGUAACAGGUACGAAUUUGUCCGUCUCCGAUUCAGCAAAAGAAGAAAUGUGCCUGAUACAAAAGGUGAAUUGCGCCGAACUGCAGCCAUGCCUUGCCGUGCCGAACGAUGACUUGGCUACGAGCAGAAGUUCUUGUGCAGGUGCAGCAUCCGGUAUGGCUCUUGCAUGUGUUGAUGGGCAUGAGUUGCCCCCUGGCGCAGAAGGUGCAUCUUCAGAAGGCAGGCAGGCUGCGAUGCAGGACAAUGACUCCCGCACUGGUGGAAUCGUUGAAAAGGCAGGGGAACGUUCCUGUGCAACAGGAUGGGCACGUGGUACUGAGAAUACGUCACUCCAGUCCGAAGUCUCCAUAGCAGUGGGGAUGCCGGAAGAGAGGCAGGCAGAGCAAAGUAUGCCAGCCGUUGCUUCAUCACCAGGGAUGGUGCCAGUGCAGCCCCCGUCUGGGCAGUCGUCUCCCAGUAGCCCCCAUGGAAAUGGUGACAGUGUUGCACCAGACACAAGGUGCUUUCGUACUGGUGUAGAAUUUUUAGGGGGUUGGUCAGAUGUCAGUAAAGGGGAACUGAGUGCUGAGCAAGAAAAAAGUAACACUGUUUCCGGGGACAGCGCAAACUCAGAACAAAGCCAUUUAACACCAUGCCAUGUUGACACUGGCAGUGAUGCAGGGCAUAACGAGGAGUGCCACGUAAAGACUGACGGGCAAAGUCUUGCUGCUGAAGUCAGCUGUAUUUCCGUGCCGUGUGUCUUGGAAAAUUCAAACUCGGGCUGUAAAGAACAAAACACAUCUGAGGAACUGAAAUCGCCCGUUGUUGUUUCACUUUGUGCGGAGAAUGGGGCAGACCAGGAUCUCAAACCACCAGACCCUAUAAACAUUUCAGCACAAGUCGGUGUGAAAGGUGGUCAUAAGAGGCUUCUCCCAAGAAUGCCUUGCCAUAAAGGGGAAAGGAAGAGUCGGCACACCCUCCUGACUGAAAUCAUUUUAGCCAGUGCGGAUGCUUCCACCCCAACAAAGCAUUAUCCAAAAAUUCUAAAACGAAUUAGGCAAGAGAUGGGUCCCCCGUUACCUCCCUUGCUCACCCCCUUGAUAGCCACACCACCGAGAACUGUUCGGCCCAUUUCCCCGGUAAUGCCCACCUCUAGCCAGACAUCUUUGCCACCCUCCCUCGAUGAACCAAUUUCUCCUCUUUGUGAAGCUCCACUUCCUCCUCACACGUCACCGUUGUCAGAAACCCCUAAAUGCACGUCACCUGCCCCAUCUGCUACGCCUCCUCCCUUUGAAACAUCAGUAGGCCAGAGAAUUCUCUCUUCCCCUCUUCAGUUUUGUGCCGCCACUCCCAAGCAUGCCCUUCCUGUACCAGGAAGACUUCCUCCAUCUGCAGGUGGUGCUGCUGCUCCACCUCUACCUCAGGAAAACUCUGUGAAAAUUUUGGACAGUAUGUAUCCGGAGCUAUCCGCCCGAGCAAGAACUCUCAACAUCCUGAAAGGUAACAUUCAGCUCGGUCGGUCCUCUUCUCUAGAUGGCAAGAGCAUCCCCAAGCCUGUCCACCAAAUCAGUGGCUUUAAAGCCAUCACGUCCUCAUCCACUGCGUUCGUUAAAACGGGGAUGAAAUUCAGCUCCGACCCUGAGCAGCCAUUCUCCGUUGUGAGCGAGACUGGGAAAAGGAAGUUGGCUCCCGUGGUCCAGCCAAAGAGCACCAAAAGACCAAGGCCAGACGGCAGGGCACCAAAAUCAGACCCCUGCAAGGAAGAGCUUUCCGCUGGCGUCUCAGAUCCUCAUGUGUGUUUCCCUGCUGUUGAAACUGUCGAUCCGAACAACGGGGGUGUUACUCAGCCAACAGGUGACUGUGCUUCAGAAUUGCUUUUGGCAGUGGAUAAUGAAGGUGAUCCUGAUAGUAGGUCUGUGGCUGUAGCACUGGAAAAAGUUUCUGAAGCCUGUUUUGACCUGCUGCCUGUUAUCCGUAGCCACAUUCUUGUGGGAAAUACCUCCGGGGUCCCAGUAAUGAGAGAUGAAGAAAAAGAAGUUGUCCAUGAAUUCGGUGUCACAAAGAAGCACCUGGCUGAACCAGCCCUGCAGGCUAUUCUGGAUAAGCUGAAGAGACAGAGGAGGUCCUUGGCCCAUAAUUGCAUUCAGUCCCUCUGCAGGGUGUAUGUUGGAAUUUGCCGGCAGCUUGGAGACCUAGAAAAAGCACGCCUGUUUUGCUACACUCUCCUUAAGGAAGACUUCCCCAGAUUCGACAAGCUAACCGUGUUUAUUGGGAACAUGUGGAGUGAGAUAUUCUGCUCUGAAAGCGUGGUGAACAAAGCAGUCCAAUUGGUAGCCAGACAGCGUGCAAGAGGAGAAGUACUGAAAUGCCUGAGAACUUACCUGAACUGGGAGGAGAACGCCCCAGCGGAGAUUAGCGUGAUGAUCUCCAGCCUUCUUUUGGCGAUACGGCUGUGUCCACAAAUGGAAUUUCAGCACAGCGAACACUGCGGGGAAGACCUGAAAGAAGCCACAUGGGAAUACGUGUUUGCGAUUGAUCUGCUGUGCACACAUCAAAAAUGGUGUUGGACGCAUGACAACAUCAUAAGUAAAGAACUCUGGCCUAUCAUGGAUAAGUGGAUGAAGAACAGGAAGGCCCCCGGAAGCGCAUCUUACCCUUCCGAUAUAAUCGUUGCCACGGUGCUCCGGCUGAUUGGUCGCCUGGGCCAGAUGGGGCUGAGGGAAGGGUUCUUUCCCGCUGUGGAGAAUAUCAGCUCGGUCAUUGGAACGUUUCUCCAGCACUCCAAAGAGAAAGAUGUGGCCUGGGGAGUCCAGCUGGCGGCCGCGUAUGCGCUGUGCGACUUGAGCCCGAGCAAUCCGCCUCGAAUCCUGGAGUCCAUCCGCGUGUGGGAGGCGGCCUGCACCAGCCCCAUUCCUCCCGCCCUCGCAAGCAGCAUAGCAGAAGCCAGCAGCCUGCUGACAUGCAGGCAGGCAGAGAGUGACAGCUCUUCCGUAUGAAGGUUCUCCUUUCUUCAAUCAGACAGGAAAAUGAAGGAGUGCCGCCUGAAGGGAGCCGAGACAGAAGAGACGCAGGCCAGGCGAGGAGCCUCACCCCUCUCUCCUCAGGGGCCACGCAAGGCACAGGCUGUUGCGGGAGGUGAUGGACACGUUCGUUCAGUGUAGCCUGAGGUGCUGGGCUCCCGUGAAGCAACACAUAACGGAGCAUCACCUUGUCUGCCAUAAGAGAAAGACAAAACAUCUUCUUCCUGUUCAAGCUGGGGAAAAGAAAUCUAUGCAAGUAGAAGCGUUCCCCGUUAAAUCGUUUCCAGGACAUGAACUCCAGCUUCCUGAGAUUCUGGUCUUCCUCGAGUUAUGGCAAACACUUUUCAGACAGUUUUCACUGAAAACAUUUUAGCAGAUUUGUUUUAACGGUGUUGAAUCAUACUAAUUUCUGUAGAGGUUUGAGGUCAGCUGUGAAGAGGGACUGCUGCUUUAGGUGUGUACUCACAUCCCACUGCUUCUGCUUUGUGAAGGCUUGUGGUAUUGUUUCAAAAUCCUUCCAGCUUUUUGGAACAGGGAUGUAAAAAUAAGUCAUCAUGGGAACUGGUAUCUUUGCUGAUGACUUUUAGCUUUCUUAAAAACUUGAUUUGUUUCCUUCCCAGAUUUGCAGAACUGUCUCAAAAGGAGAAAUAGAUAAAUUUGAACCGCAUCAUGUUCUUCAAACGUUUUUGUAGCUCUUUGGAUUUUAAUGGUGUAAUGCUGGGGUGGGCAAUUUGGGGACCUCCAGAUGUUGGCCUGGAGCUUCUAUCAUCCUUCACCACUGGCUAUGCUGCCUAGGGCUGAUGUGUAUCCAAAAACAUCUGGAGGGUCACACAUUGGUCUGUUCCUGGUUUAAUGGAAGUGUGAUCUGAUUUCAGUAACUCUUAACAUCUGCGUUAUAUAGAAGAUUAAGAUGCCUUCUCUGUGAGAAUGUGUAUAUAUGGUAUAUUCAUAUAAUGUGUUUCACAUUUCAUGUUGUUCCACUUUGGGAAUUUUACUAUCUGUAUAUAGAAACUGGAGUAAAAACACACAUGAAAAACCCCUUUGCAUUGUUUAAAUUUCUUAUUGUAGCUUCACUUGUUUGCAGAUUUUUUUUCAAUGUCUAUAACCUUUUUUUAAAAUAAAUAUGAUUUCCGCA